AUGUGCAUAUACUGGAUCCUGACCGACACUGAGACCGAGACCAGGCUCAAAGAGGGGGCCGAGUACUGCCGCGAGUACGGGUCGAAGGGCAUGAUCUGCAUGGACAACUCGAAGUUCUUCUGGGACGCGCACACGCAGAUGGUCAAGCCCACGAAGGGGGCCUCGUUCGUGAGGUUGGGCGACAGCGUGAAGUGCUGCGUGAGGAACUACAUGAAGGAGUGUCAGGUCUGGGUCGACUACGCGGUUCUCAAGCCGUACUCCACCGAGUACCCGUUCGCAACCGCGAAGGAGCUCUACGACGCGUACGUAAUCUUGACCUCGAAGCAGACCGCGGGCACAGUGAGGAACCAGACCACGAUCUCAAACGUACAGAAGCUCGUAUCCAAGAACAGCAGCAAGAAGACGACCAGGUCGGGGACUCCGGUCACCACCAGGCACGCGAAGGUGAACAAGACCUCGGCGUUGUACCCAAGCGACUCCGCGUCCCAGGCCCCGUACCGGGACACGAACCUGACCGAAGACUGGUGCACGACUGACGACUACACCGAGGCCGGGUCCGUAGCCGGGUGGGCGAAGACAGUCAGCAACCUCACCAGGACGGAGAGCAUGGCCCCCAGCACGGUCAGCACCGCGACUAUAAAGACGUUCAGGCCCAGCAACAGGUCCACCACCACGAACAAGACGAGGAGCACGUGCACGUCCGGGUACUCGAGCGGCUCAGGACCAGGUGCAAGUACACAACCCCGAACGAGGGCUGGGUCUAGUGCGAGGACAACGGAAGGACCGCGGUCAAAACGAGCUGUUGUGCACGAAGACAUCACGAUGGAGACCGAGAGGCCGUUUACGAUCGAGCGCGUGGCCAGGGCCGGGUCCAGGGGCGACGACUUGCCGCUGCUCGUGUCCUGCAAGUGGACGGAGCUCAAGAUCGAGAACAUGUCCAUCUUCACGCCCAGGGCCGAGCACAUGGGCGUCGUCAAGGGCUGCCCCGUGCACAAGAAUUGCAAGGGCCACCACAUGAUCAACCCGGACGGGGACGUGUACAUGAUCCCAUACGGCUUCGCGUCUGGGGACGAGCUCAGGUACAGCGACGCGCACGCACUCAACACCGCGAUCUACUCCGGCACCAAGACGACAGACGAGAUCGCAACCUACUGCUUCGAGCGCAUCAAGGGCAAGAACGGCAUCUUGAGGAAGCACUGCAACUCGACCAGGCCCACCAACAGCAUGAGGUUCGUGGCCUCGCCGCCGCCCCUGGACGGGGAGUGGGGGACGAUCUACCUCCCGAAGAGACUCUUCACCAACGGCAGGUUCUUGUACCUCAACCAGGACGGGAGCUACGGCUGGACCAGGAUCAAGGACGGCGACCUAGUCGUGCUCGGGAGGCAGCCGUCGCAGGGCGCCAUGAGCGCGGUCCCGGUCAAGGUCAGGGUGACAACCAACGACGAGUACUCGGUCAGGGUCCCGCUCGAGACCUGCAACAUGAACAACACUGACUUCGACGGCGACGAGCUGUGGCAGUACAAGCCCAUGAGCAGGGACGCGGUGGCGGAGUUGGACAGGGAGUGGGAGAGGGUGUGGAACAGGAGCGGGUUGGUGAACAUCAAGAAGACCUUGAACGAGAUCAUGGUCGAGUCUGAGGCCGACAUGUCGAUUGACACCGUGAUGUACAGCACGAUGCCGUUGGAGGACAUGAUCGAACACCCGGGCGGGGACGUGUACGACUUGUUGAUGUUGAAGCCGAAGAACUGGAAGGUGAUGGGCCAGACCUCGUUCAGCGCCUCGUACUGGAGCACGUGGGUGGAGAGGUCCAUGGACGGGAUCGUCAACUCGACCUUGGGCAAGCACGGGAUCGGCAAGCCGUACGUGGCCAUGAGGAACUCCAUGAUGCUGGGCACAAUGAUGGUCACCGACGAGAUGCACCUCAGGCUGAGGACGAAGGGCAGGGUGCCGCUCCCGGCCUUACUCAAGACCCCGACCAUGAACCACGGCACGUGCUCGUCCGCGCUCACGAAGAUGACUGCGUCCAUGUACCAGAGGGGCAUCGACAUGGCGAAGCACGGUAACGACAAGGCCAAGAUCAUGGCCGUGGAGAGCCUCCUGAAGAUGACUGACGAGUGCUUCGGGAUCAGGGAUACAACCGUCUCCUUGAUGAGCGUCGACGCGGCGAUCUUGAGCGGCCAGCCGUACACGAAGAUGGAUUACAUCUCGCGCGCGGAGAGGCCCCAGGACUUGCUCGAGAGGGCGAUCACGGUCGUCAGCAUGGUCGAGGAGCUAGACAACAUCAAGCUCACAGCCGAGGAGAGGGUCGCGGUCUCAGCCCUGAUCGCCUUCGCAUCCAUCAACGUGCAGGCGAUCGUGUCCGACGACAUGGUGGGGGUCAUGGUGGGGAUGCAGGCCGACUGGUACACCUCGAUCACGUGCAGCAAUAUCUCCUGGCUCAAGACCGUCACCAGGGACCCGAACUCGAACGUGGACCUGACCACGGACAUAAGCUCGAUGCUGGGCGCCAUCUUCCUCGGGAACAUGUCUCUGUUCGCGCCGUUCGGCACGCACUCGGACUCGUCCUAA